AUGGGUAUUGAUCUGUUGGAGCCUGGAUGUGCUAUUUUGAUGCACAAUAAGGUUCUUUCUGCUGUUGGAGUUCUGCAAGAUGAAGUUGAUCCCAUAGUAUCAGUGAUGAAGGUCGAAAAGGCUCUAUUGGAAUCUUAUGCAGAUAUAGGACGUUUGGAUGCUCAAAUACAGGAGAUUAAAGAGGCAGUUGAGCUCCCUUUGACUCACCCUGAACUAUAUGAGGACAUUGGUAUCAAACCUUCGAAAGGAUUCAUCUUGUAUGGAGAGCCUGGGAAAGGCAAGACCUUGCUUGCAAAGGCAGUUUCUAAUUCUACAUCAAUGACUUUCUUACGUGUUGUUGGAAGUGAAUUAAUUCAGAAGUACUUAGGAGAUGGCCCAAAAUUAGUUAGGGAACUCUUCAGAGUUGUUGAUGAUCUUUCCCCUUCAAUUGUCUUCAUUGAUGAAAUUUAUGCAGUUUGUACUAAGAGGUACAAGUUACUGAUUUUGUGA